CUGAUUUGUCCACUAUAGUACUAUAUGUUCUAUAAGCUUUUUAAGUUAGGGUUCAUUAUAGUUUCACCUUUUCCCAAUCUUGCCUUGAUGACGCUAGCUACCUUCCGAAGAAGCCAUAUAUAUGUGCAUAUAUGAGAUCACUUGUUAUCUCACACGCCCAUAUGCAGACAUGUAUAUGUAGAUAGAUAGUUGGAAUGAUCCAUGACCUCACCUAUAUUUUGGCCCUCUCUUUCUUGAUCUCCAGUUGAGAGUUAUUAGAUCGGUGACAGGCUAGCCGGCGCCGGUAUGAUGCAGCUGCAACAACAAGAUCCAUGUAACAACAGAGAGUUGGACCUCACACAUCAGCAUCUACUACUAGCUUGAGAGAAUUCCAUCCAUCGAGCAUGGAGGAGAGUAACAAAGGCUUUGAGAGCUCUACGGAUCAGGCUCCAUCCGGCGGCGAGGCCGAGGAGGACGCUGCUGCCGAUGCUCCCCACGGGCGCGAUGGAAGCUCGAGCAAUAGCAGCACGGUGGAGCUGGAGGAAGCCGGCGGGGACAGCAGGAGGAAGACCGGCGCCUCCUAUUCGUCGGUGCGCCCCUACGUCCGCUCCAAGAACCCCCGCCUCCGCUGGACGCCGGAGCUCCACCUCUGCUUCCUCCGCGCCGUCGAGAGGCUCGGCGGCCAAGAUCGUGCAACUCCCAAGCUUGUUCUUCAACUGAUGAACGUUAAAGGGCUUGGCAUAGGCCAUGUCAAGAGCCAUCUCCAAAUGUAUAGGAGCAAGAAGAUUGACGACUCGGGCCAGGUGAUAGGUGGUUCAUGGAGAGAUCACUUGCAAGAUGGGGGACAGGUGUACAGCCUCGGCCAUCUCUCAUUGCCUCAUGGCUUCCAUCAGAACCAGACUGGUGCUGGCAUUAUAUUGUCCUCAAGGUGUGGUGCCUGGCCUCCAUGGAAUAAUUGUCAUCAACAACCAUACUUGUUUCAUGGCCACCAUUUUCUUGGAUCGAAACCCUACUCCUCAACAGCUGAAGCCGAGGCUUUACUUAUUAGAACCCGUGCUCGAUAUUUAGCUAGAGCAACUGCAACACCAGAUUUGAUCCCUCAAGGCUGUUCAUCUCAAAAUGAUCAAAUCAUGAACCAUCAAAGACGGCGACUGCUGAAAGGGACUUUUCUGCACAAUGGGGAUAACCAUGAUCCUCUUGAUCUCGAACUCACACUGGAUAUCGGGCCGCGGCGGGAGAAGAGAAAGAGACCAGAUUGCAGCUGGAGCAAAGAAGACGAUAAUGGCGGUGAUCAAGAAGUGGAGAGUACUACUGCAACUGCGCUAUCUCUUUCUUUGUUCUCAUCUCCUCCUCCUGCGAGGACAAGUAGUGGUAGUGAUCAUACAGUCCUAGGUGUCAGUAUGGAUAAAGGGAAAGCGCAUGCGGCAUGCAACAAGGGCAAGUACUUUUGAUCUCACCAUAUGAUCUAGUGGUGAUAUCUUGUGGUACUUACCCAUAUAUGUGUAGUGGAAGAUACUUGUACUCUAUCUGCAUAGCUGUUGAUUAUAUAUACAUAUCCUUGAUCUUUUGAUUAUAGCCAAGUCUUUGUACGUCUACUUCAAGUAAUGUAUGUGCUAAAUCAUGUAGUGUAUAGUUAGGAUUUAAUCAACACUGCCUACAUAUAGUACACUUCUUAUGUAGAAUAGUGUUGUCACAUUUUCUUAUAUACAUUCAUGAUCUUUUCAAUAACUAUAUAUUUUUAGAGAA